UUUUGACAUUCCACCACUCCCUGAAUGUAAAUAAAAACAACUCUUUCCUGCAAAACAAAUUCAGUGUAAUUUAGUUCACGAAUUUUCGCUAAUUUUGCGAAAAAUUAAAUUCCUCAUCGAUUGAAAAUGUGUUCUAUACUGCUGUGCUCCGACUGGAGAUGCUAGGAUGACAAAAAAGAAGCCAUCGCCACAAAACCGCAUCUGGGAAAAGGAACGCCGGGACCGGUUGAACCAAACCUUCGACAGCCUGUGCAAGCUGCUGCCCGAGUAUGAGCCGGCCACACAGCUCAGCAAAAUCGAGAUCCUCCAGCGGGCGGUCGAAUAUGUGGAGAAACUACAAAACAAGAUUAAAGCAUUCCUGGAGGAACGGGACGCGCUGCUCAAGAAACAUGUCGAUGAACUGGAAGAACGUCUCCAACUGCUGAUUGCUCGGAAUGAAGAUUUGGCGACACUGCUGAAAAAAGCCAACAUCAAUGUUCCUCCCUGUAAGGUUGGGCCGAUUGCGAGCGGAAAGGAUUCUCCCGUGGAGAAACAGGACGCACCGAAAGAGGAUUCAACCAAAUUGGACAAAACUUCGAAAAAGGACGCCGAGACACAAGUCUCAAAUGAUACAUUUUCAACCGGGCCCAACGAGUUGGUAUCCAUUUCUACUUCUGUGAUAAAACCGAAUGAUAGCUGUAGUAAUGCUGUUAGCAGCAUUACUGGUCCCGAUUCCAGAGUCGUAACUGUUACGAAUUCUACUGCGGCAUCAACGAUUCCUGUGAUGGCAGGGACAAGUGUUCCUAGCACUUGUCUCGUUGUGGCCAAUAAUCACAUCGUGGGAACCCUGAAUCAAUCCAAUGGCGUCAAUGUCACCUCUGCACUGCUACCGACGCCAAUCAUGGCCACCGGAGUUAUCAUAUCCAACAACGGGAACCUGCUUCAAAUGCCUCUAGCAGUUCCACCAACCUCAUCGCUUCUGAUAGUCAGCAAUGAAGAUGUGCGGGCUAAGCUAAGCUUGCGGAAAACCAGAGGAUCCCACUCGAAACCAGCGUCUUCAAAGGCAGGCUCGCUACGGAAAGGGAAACUCACUAUCAAGUCGAUCGAUGUCAUUCCGGGUCGGAUAGUCAACGGGAAAAUACCGAUUCCACCAUUGAAGAGACCAAACGCUCCGGCAAUGAAAAGCAAAAAAGAAAUGAUGAAAAAACGACGAAAGCGGAAAAAUAGUGAACAAAAGGAAAACGAAGGAGUAACUGAAACGAAAAAGGUAAAGUUAGAUGAAAAGAAGGACGAAGGAGUCAAAAACACCGAGCAUACUAAUGAACAGACUAAGGAAGUGAACUCUACAGAGCCGAUGGAUAACAUAAGUCCAGUUCAGGAAACCGAAACGUCACAAGUAGAUGAUCGAGCAAGCUCACUAGAAAUGAACCUUGAUCAAGGGGAUUUGUCUGCGGAUAUUUUCGCAAAUCUACAGGUUCCGGACGAGGAAGCGGACGGCAAUCAAGGAUCACUUUCGCCGACGGCAGCUUACCUUAUGAACUUUCCAUUGGUUUCAACGGGUGGCAAGGCUAGUGGUAAUCAUGCAGAAGGCUGCAAUGAAGUCGAGAAUACAGAAUGUGUCGAAGUAGAUAAGAAAACAUCACUGCAAACGACUGAUAAUACCUUACUUCUAGAUAACUUCUCUUCGUACUUCAAUCCAAGUAUUUACAGUACAUUGGACAAUGUAAUACAACCGAUUUCAGAAACUCCUACAACUUCUGUGGCGACAUCAACCAGCUUCUCUACUAUCUAUCAGUCAAUCGACAGCAUGUUAGAACAUAAAUCAUCACGAGUUACGGUAGCUUCCGACUGUAGAUAUAAUACAACGCCGUUCACAUUCACGUUGACAUCGACAAAUAAUACAGUUACAACGCAGCCUUACGACUAUCGUCAAACAACUUCGUCCAAUUACUUUUACUCAACAACUUCCAAUACGGCAAAACCGAUUGACGACUUCUCUCUGUUGAAACCACCUAUCGCUACAGAGUUCACAUUCUCGUUAACAAGUACGAUUCAAAGCGGACCAAAAACAGUUCAAUCACAGUAUACCAACAGUUCUAAUUUCUCAUCCACCAUCACAACGCCAUCAUACAGUAUUUACGGAUCUCAGGCGAAAUCAAGUAAAACUGCCAACUACAACGCCAACUACAUCCCUGAUGUCUCUAAAUCGGAUUCAAUGCGAACUCCCAAGAAGUAUGACUUCCUGGAAGCGGAAAAACCUGCAACAAGCUUCACUUUCUCGUUGACGUCGACCACUAAAACCAACCCAAAAUACACGUAUCCCUCAGCAGCCGUUGCAUCUUGUGGAACGUAUACCACACCUUACGUAACGACUUCUGCAUCGUCGUGUGCCAAAGUUGAAGACUGUCUCUACAAAUCCGCCAAAACUACUUCCACCGUCGGCCACAACCUGUACAAAUCUCCAACGAAACAGAAAAUCCACCAUUAUCCAUCUGUUCCGACUACUCAAUCCAGUUACCAGAACCAGACAUUAACUCAACCUCAGUCAAAAUACGACGUCAACUGGAUGGCUUCGCAAGAUCCAAAACCAUCGUCUAGCAACCAAGACUAUACUCAACUUGUCCCAUCGCUUGAUUUCAAUGCCACUCCAUCGCACUCCUACCAAACCAACAUCGACCUUAGCCGGAAAUCGGACAUCUUCUUCGCUCAUCCCUCCGGCGAAGAUAAUCUCGUUACAUGGUCACCGAACAAGCUCACCAAUAUCCUGAACGAUACCAAUUCUUCAUACUAUCCGUCAACUACCACAAGCCUUCCAAGUCUUCAUGGCGAUCUUGCACUGAACUGUCCGCCAACGGCGACCAAAUCAACCAACCAUCAACGGAAGCCAAACGACUCGAGUAGUACGUUCUUGUCAGUCCAACAGUUGGUCGAUCAACCACGAAAAACUAGCUCAACCAACAAGAACUACUCCAGCUGUAACAACUACGCUACCAACCAGAAACCGUUGAAUAACAACUAUUCAGCCGAAGCCUUGAUUGGGCCAUCCACCGGCAGCUCCACCAAGAAAGACAAGUACUACACCGACACCAGCUACAACUCCUACACAGCUUUCCCUCCCGAUACCAACUCCACAACAGCACUUUCGUUCAACUUCGACUACUCCACCGACUACAGCAAGAACUACAACUACAGCUGCCAGCAAAACUACAUGCCUUCGUUCAUGGACAACAGCUACGGUCUCUCAACCGUCCCACCCAGUACCCUAUCAACCCCUUCUUCGUCAUCUCUCCCAGCUACCACCUGUUACUCCAGUUACGGAUACUCCUCCGAUAGGAAGCAAUCCUCAUCCACAUCCGCCUACUACCAGAACUCCUACCAGCCCGACAUCCCCUACUACGUCCCAUCCUCCGAAAAACGCUCCCACUCUUCCUCAAAACCCAGAAAACAUCACAAACAGCCUCCGCUCAGCGAUUUCAGUCCCUUCCCAACGAUUCUCCCUGCCGCACCCCCCGUCCCUUCCCUCCCGGAAGACGCCCUUUUCUACAGCCCAAUCACGACUACGACCACGUCAACCUACCAACAGCUAACCACUCCCUACCAAUCCACCCUGCCGAAUUACUCCUUCGGAGGAGCUCAACCGUACCCGUCCACGGUUGCUCCCGCCGCCACUGGUACUGGAGGAGGCGGCGGCGGUAGCUCUUCGACGCUGACCAACUUCAAUCUGAGCACCAUCUGUCCGGAGAUCAACGAGAAAAGUGGGACGAACCACGGUGCGGCCGGAACGGCGGCGGCGACCGUCAUUGGCGGGGUGGGCAGUUCACGGCAUGCCGUGGUGGGAGUCGGCGGUUGGUGAGUAACUUCGACUGUAAAUAU